UCCGGCAGGAGGGGGAGCCCAGGCAGGUACUCUCUCUCUCCCUCUCUCUGCGCCCGCCUCCUCGCCGCCGGAGCGAAGUUUUCCCUCCCCUUUCGGCUCAUGGAAGGAGCCUCCGCGCCCGGCGGCGGCGAAGCUGGCGGCGGCGGUCUGCCGAGGAGGAGGAAGGCUCUCCCGCCAGCAUCAUGGCUUCAGCCGCAAGCGCGUCGCCCGCGUCUCCAGCUCCUCCGGGGGCGGACGGCACUUGCGACGAAGGCGGCCGGGAAAUGCACUCCAAGAUGUGCAAGAAGAUCGCCCAGCUCACCAAGGUGAUUUAUGCUUUGAACACUAAGCAUGAUGAGCAUGAGGCCAGCAUCCAGGCUCUCAAGGAGGCCCAUCAAGAAGAGAUUCAGCACAUCCUUGCUGAGACCAGGGAAACUGUCCUGCAGUAUAAGAGCAAAGUAGAGGAAGCACAGGAACUCCAGAAGCACAUCCACACCCUUGAAGAAACUUUGGAAAAACACCGUAGGAUAAGAAAGGAGGCCUCAUCAGAAUUUGCCAAAUGUGCAAAACUGAUAGAAGAGAGAAAGUCAUCAGUGGAGACCAAGCAAGCAGAUGACAAAAUUCUCUUUCCCCGAGUGACAGCACAUAUGAAACUAGAUUGUGAAAACACUGUUGAGGCUUCAAAGGACUCGGACAGCCUCAUGGGAAAUCACUGGACCUAUUUGGGAGAUCCAUUAGAUAACAGCGGGAAAGUAACUGCAACAUGUAGUAUGGAUAUGAACGAGACAAUGAACUUCAAGUGGGAAAAACAGAAACUGGCAGAAGAAUACACUGAAAUGGCCUCUCAUGAGAGAGAGAAAGAAACCUGGAGAAAGGCCAUGCAGCAAUCAGUGCCUGAUUUGUUAAGAGAAUGGCAGCAAAGGGAAAUGGAGCAAAGGGAAAUCUAUGAGGCUGGAGAAUCUAUUUCACAGCAGCAGCUGGAGAAGCUGGAGGCUGACUUGGAAGCAAAAGGCCAGAGAAUCAAUGAUCUGAAAAAGUAUUCCCAGAAGCUGAAGGAGAAAAUGCAGGACCUGGAAAUACAACUGAAGGAAGCACAGCAAGAAACAAUGGAGUACAAAAAUAUCAGGAAAUCUUUGGAGGAAGAGCUUGUUACUGCCAAAGAGAGACUGCUGUUGCAAGAAAAUGAGAUCCAGAACAAAACAGAAGCAAUGGAGACUGCUCUAAACUCCCACAGCAAAGUCAAAAGUGAGGUGGAUGAAUUAAAGAAACACAUCCUGAUGUAUCAUCAAGCAUUGUCUGCAAAACAGAGCGAAGUCAACCAAGAUGGUGGAGAUUCUCAGCCCAAGGAAUCUGCAGAGUUUGAAAAGGUAGCUACGAAACAGCAACACAAAGCAGAUCUCCGCAAAAUCAAACAAGAGUCGGAUGAGGAGAAGAGUCGUUUAAAAGAGCAGCUGGUAAAAGGUCUGGAAGACCUUGUAAAGAAGCACACUCUUGAAAUUAAAUCAGUCCGAGCCUCUAUGGACACUGAGAGGAAAAAAUUGCAGAAGGAGGUACAGAUACAGUUAGAAGAAUUAAAAAAGAAAUAUGAGAAUGAGACAAGACAGCUUCAGAAGGAGAAAGAAACCAUAAAUGGAAAGCUUCAGGAGUGCUCCCUGGAGGCUUUAAGGUUAGAAACUUUCAUCAGACAAAACCGCGAUAUCCCGAAAUGUGCAGAAUUCCUUAAAUCUCAUGCCAGAAAAUCCCGCGAGAGGCAACAGGAGUUGCAGGAUGCAUUUGCACAACAAAAAGAUGUGUCUAAGCAUCAGAAAGAGAGAGCAAAAGGCAAAGAACACUCUUCAGCUCCAACCAGUAACAGAAAUGAAGAGAAACCAAGGUUGGACUCUGGAGGGGCGCCAAAAAGAGAAGACAGGCAGACACUUACAAGCUUCCAGAAAGAGAAAAGCAAGGAAAUGCAAGCUUUGCAAGAGGAAUGGUACUACCAAAAGGCAGAAUUGCAAGCUCAAGUCACAGAACUGAAGCAAACUUUAGAACAGCAAACAAAUGCUUUCCGAGAGGCCCUCAGACAACAGGAACUACAGUCCAGUAGAGAUAAAGAAAAGCUUUUGCAAGAUCUUCAGGACACCAUUAAGCAGAGCCAAGAUACGAAAGUGCAGCUGGAGGCGUCUCACCAGAGAGCCAUAAAUCUCCUGGAGAAAAGCAAAAAUCAAGAGUUCAAGGAAGCAGAGGAAUACUGGAAAAGGGAAUGUAAUGACAGGUUUAAGAUGCAGCAACAGUCACACCAACUGGAAGUGCAGGCCUUGGAAAAGAAAACAAGAGAAGAGUUACAGAUUGAAUUCGAAAGGAUACAGAAUCAACAGACUUUAUUGAUAGAGUCUCUGAAGAUGGAGCUGUCAGAGCAACAAAUAUCUUGCAUGACUCACAGUAAGGAAAAGGAGGAACUGCAAGGGGAAUUGAAGAACACGGUAGCUGCAAAAAGGCAACAGGAAGCAAGUUACCAGAAUCAGAUAAAAUCUCUUAAAGAUGAACUGGAGAAAUGUCAGAAUGAAAUCUCUGGGCUGAAGAAGGAAAAUUCCCUUCUGAAGGACACAAUGGAUUUACUGAGUGUGGAUGUGGAGCGACAGAAGCAAACAUCUACACAGCUACAGGACAGGGAGAACCAACAGAGAAGAUUACUGGAGGAGGACCUAAAAGUCAAACAUAAAAAAGACCUGGACAUAUUGAAGGAAGAUCACCACCAAGAGAUGAAAAAUAUGAUGUCUGAGUUUAGUAAUUCACAAGCUCUUCUCCAUGCAAAGAUUGUCUCCUUGGAAAAUGAGCUUAAAGAAUUGGAAGAGAAACCGAGAAAGAGAGAGCCUAGGCUGGAAGACCGACAUCUUAUAGACUGCCUUCAAGAUAAAUUAAAUGAAAAAGAAGAGAUGAUCAAGGAAUUAAUGGAUGGAAGAAAACUUCAGCAGUCGCUUAUAUCCAGUGCAGAGUCUCAUCGCAACCGGUCCUUUUCUUUUAAUACAAAUCCUACCACAUGUUUGAAUCCCAUUGCAAAGCAGAAGAAGAACAUGGAUGACGCUCCCAGCCGAAUUGUAAGUGUUCCAAAUUUAGCCUCCUAUGCAAAAAGCUUUCUGACCGGAGAUUUGAGGCCUAAAAGAAACUCGCCUCAGAUCACAAAAUCUACAAGUUUAGAUCGGAAUCCAGGCUGUGUCCGAGUGUGCUAUCCAUCUGUACAAGCUUUGGAGAUCAAACCUGCCCCAAGGCUGCAAAACACUGAAAUAUCGACCCCCAAAGAUGCUGAGAAACCAGACCCUCGACAUCAGGAAUGGUUUACUAAAUAUUUCUCUUUUUGAGUGAAAAAGAGAGUGAAAACAUUUCUAUAAUUUCUAUCCUUUACACAGCAUUUUACAAACCAGCCUAAGUAAACAAGCCACAAGUUUACUAUUCAAACUCAGACACAUGAAGAAUUCAGCCAGAUUGAGAAACUAAUGUGUUAGCAGUGCUAUGUACUAACAAAUACAUAUUCUUGAUACUCUGUAGCUACUUGUAAAAUGGAUUGCAAGUUUUAAUAUAUGCUAAUAUUUUAUUUAAAAUUAACUUAUUGCUUUUUUAUUUAUUUUAUUAUUUUGUAUCAUUUCCUAGGACUGGAAUUCAUAGAGAAAUAUGCACUCCUUUAACAGCCUGGGCCUGUGCCACUUGGGAUUUUAUUAAUUUUAUUAAUUAAUUAAUUUGCUGUGGUGUUUAACCCACCUUGUGCCGGCUGAGCUGCUGACUUGAAGGUCAGCAGUUCAAGACCGCGAGACAGGAUGAGCUCUUGUCUGAUAGCCCUAGCUUCCCAUGCAGGGACAUGAGAGAAGCCUCCCCACAGGAUGGUAACACAUCAGGGCAUUCCCUGGGCAACGUCUUUGUAGACAGCUGAUUCUCUCACACCAGAAGCCACUUGCAGUAUGUUUUCAAUUCGCUUCUGACACGAUAAAAAUUAAUUUUAUUAAUUUCAACCCAUUGAGAUUCCACAGGCAGAAUUAAAAUCAUAACAGCAAUAAAACUGAAACCAGUAAAACAUGGUUAUAUCAAACAGUAUAUAGAAAAAGCAACAUAGGACAAAAAUAAGGCAAUUUGAAAUACCUAAGACAAUACCAGGGAUUUCACCAAGUGCUGAAAAGAUAUCAGACUUAUGUAAACAUCUGUGGAAAUGUGAGAAUUUAAAAACCAAUUCUGACUUAGCAUCCACCACAUCUGGUAGCAGUAGAAAUUGGAAGUCUCCAGGGAAACUCCUAAUGUAAAGGGCACUUGUGGUCCUUGACAUUCUCUAGCCUUAACCCAGCUGUUACUGUUAGCUGUAGUAAAAACUUUGGUGACUAUAGCUAGUAGCUACACAGCUCUUCGGACAGCUAUAACUUUCCCCAUAUUUUUUCCAUUUAGGGUCACUUUUUAAGAAUUGAUUUGUUGCUAUUGCCAUACAACAUCCCUUUUAUAUAUAAAUAGUGGAUCUUUAAAAUGUAUAUUGUACAGUAUUUGGAAGUGGAAUGAUUGUAGUAAAGUGAUUUAAAAAUCAGUCAUAUGAGUGUGUGUUUUACUUUGUUCCAGUACAUUUUAAACAACACUGAAAGUUAAAUUUCUAUUUAUUUGUAUUUAUAUCAGAUGCACGACUGAGUAUUUAUAUUGUUGCAAUGACUGCAUAGCAAUUUCAAGUCUCUGGUUUCCUAAACUCUAUAUUUAGUAGAGUGAGCAGGGUUAACACAUGUGAAAAACCCCAUUUGUGUGGAUUUCCUCUUUUUGGCAACUCAGAAAAAGUGCUAUCUCUUUAAGAAUGUUGUGGGCAAGAAAUUACAGGUGCAAUGGGGGUGAAAAGCUGAGUAGCCCUCAGCAACAGAAAAGCCCUGGCACUUUUGGAACACAGGCAGCCCAUCACAACAGUUAAUAGAGUUGCCAGAGAGGACACUGGAAAGUGCUUUUGUAGAACAGGAAAUUUCCACCAGUAUUAUGUAUAGCAACUCCAUUUAGUUUUCAACCUGGUAACCAUAGUUGUUACUAGUAACUUUAUCUGAGAAAAUUGAUUUAGUCUAUGAACGUUUAUGCUACUAACUGCCUUUUCUCAAUCUCUAAAGAUCUCUCUAAAGAUACUGAUAUUCCAGAAUAUUUCUUCAAAUUCUAGUAGUUGCGCAUCAAUGUAAAAUUAGAAGUAGGUUCUUGGUAACCAGGUACAUCUUUCAAACUGCGAUUGCACUAAACUACUAAAUCUAUUUAAAUAUUUAGUAUCACACCAAUAAUGGUUAUGUACUGGCAUGUGUCACCAACAUGCAUUAUAGCAAAAAGAAGUGUUCUUUUUCCCAAAGAUCUGUACACUUUCCCUUGAAUUCAUAGACCUCCCUCGUGGAACUUUGGCUGCCCAUUCCCUGUGGUACACCUCUGUGUUGCAAUGACAUUUGGGAAUAUCUUUUUAUUGGGUUAAGCAGCAAUGCUUUUAUUAUAACAUCCAUUUAAUACAUAAAAGUGAAGUAUUUUGCUAUUUCAAAGAAACAAUGUAAGAAGAAAUCCAUCCAGUGUCAGCUACUGAUCAUAUUUAAAACUGGGAAAUCCUUUUGGAACAAGUAUUCAUGGAAAAUAUAUGUACAAAAACAAUGUAUUUGCAAGGGAAGUCAUAUGAAAUAAUUCCAAGUGUUGGCAAUCAUGUGGUGCUUUUUAAAAUAAAACUAUGUGAACACUG